UGGGAGCGGAUGAGGUUGGGUUUCCCAGACAGACAGACCUGGUCCGAGCGACAAGGCAGUGCCUUCCCCUUCCACCUCUGCUCCUGCCGUUGCCAGCUUGCUCUCCCUUGCAGCCCUGAGGAUGGGGCUGGAGCUCUACCUGGACCUGGUCUCCCAGCCCUGCCGGGCCGUCUAUCUCUUCGCCAAGAAGAACGGCAUCCCGUUUGAGUUCAAGCUUGUGGAGCUCAUCCGAGGGCAACACCAGGGGGAAGAGUUUAGCAAAGUGAACCCCUUGCGGAGAGUGCCUGCCCUGAAAGAUGGCGACUUCACCUUAGCCGAGAGCAUCGCCAUCCUCCUGUACUUAACGAGGAAGUUCCAGACCCCCGACCACUGGUAUCCCUCGGACCUACAGAAACGAGCCCGUGUGGACGAGUACCUCUCUUGGCAGCACAUGGACACCCGCAUGGCAGGCAGCAAGGUUUACCUGGCCCAGGUGUUAGCACCCCUCUUCCUGGGCCACCCCCUUCCACCGGAAAAGCUGGAAGAACACACUCGGAAGCUGGAUGGGGUCCUGAAGCUCUUUGAAGAGAAAUUCCUCCAGGACCGGCCGUUCAUCGCUGGCCGCGACAUCUCCCUGGCAGACCUGGUGGCCAUUGUGGAACUCAUGCAGCCCGUCGCAGCCGGUCACGAUGUCUUCAAGGGCAGGCCCAAGAUGGCGGCCUGGCGCGGCCGCGUAGAGGAGGCCCUUGGGAAGGAGCUCUUCCAGGAGGCCCACAAGCCGCUCUUUGCCUCCAAAAGCAUGACGGCCGACCCUCUUCCCCCCGAGGUGAAGGAGAAGCUGAAGCAAACCAUCCUGCAGUACCAGACAACGGCCCUGGACAUGGCUGUGGACAUGACACGGGGCAGCCUUUGA